AUGGUGUCUCCCGCAAAGAAGCGCAAGAUCACGCCGGUCUCAAAUGAACAAUUAGACGCCGCAGACGGCACAUCGCCUAAGUCGCCCGUAGAAGCCAGUGAGAAUGUGCCCGCGGAAGCCUCAGUCGCGUCGGAGCCCCCAGCCUUGAGCGAGGAGCCCUCUACAACAGAUGCAAAAACAGCCUCGAAACCUGCAGCAGCUUCUUCAGAUCGCGCCGCUCGCUUCGCCGCCCUCAAGGCUCGUGCAACAGAUUCUGCACGAUCGAAUCUCCAAGCCGCACAAGACGAAGCCGCCCGUGGCGCCGUCGACCAAAAUCUGCUCAACAACCUCUCUCGACGCUCAGACAUUGCGCGGCACAAGCUACUUCAAGCCGAAACUGAGGAGUCGGAUGGCAAGGGGGCCUUUGAACGCAAGCGCGCCUGGGAUUACACGAUCGAGGAGAGCGAAAGAUGGGACGAGCGAAUGGCGGAGAGAAAGUCCCGGCGAGACAACAACGCGUUUCAAGACUACGGCGCAGAAGCGGGGAAGAUUUAUGACCGACAAGUUAGGGAGUUGGAAAAGUCAAGUGGACGCGCAAAAGCCGAGUACGACGCUAGCAAGAAAGCGAUGUUGGAGCGGGCGGCACGACAGGGUGAUCUGGAAAUCGUGGAACUCGAGAACGGAGAGAUGGUGGCCAUUGAUAAUGAUGGCAGAUUCUAUGCCACCGAGGAUAGCACGGGCUUCGUCGAGCAGAAGCCGAACAAACAGAACGUGGAUCGCUUGGUAGAGGAUUUGAGAAAGGCCGAAGAAGUGAGGCUGAAGAAAAGAAAGGAUAGAAGAGGCGGCGUGGACGAAGGAGAUGUCAGUUAUAUCAACGAAAAGAACAAGCAAUUCAACGCGAAGUUAGGGAGGUUCUACGACAGGUAUACGGUUGGAAUCCGGGAAGCAUUCGAAAGAGGUACCGCCCUGUGA